UCCUCCCGGUGCACGCAGCCCUCCAUGGUUCUCCGGAGGGGGACGUGGGCUGAAGUGGGCCGAGCUAGAGGGGAUCUUCCUCUGCUGGAGGACUCGGUAUGAGCCCCGGACACGCUUUAACGUGAUCAGCAGUCAACAUGUAGGGACUGUCCACAGCCGUGCUACAUGGUAAACACCAGAUGAUGCGUGGGACGGAUCGACUCAUGUAAGAGAAAGGUUAUGGAUUCGAGCCUUCCUUGUUUCCUCCUCUUCAUCUUGAUUGGCUGUUUGAAAUGCUCGUCAGAAAACGAAAACAACACCCGUCACCAUGACUACUGCGUGCUCGGAGCCGGGCCUGCUGGACUGCAGAUGGGAUACUUCCUGUCCAAGGCUAAAAGAGACUACGUCAUCCUGGAGAGGAACUCCGGACCGGGCAGCUUCUUCAACAAGUAUCCGCGGCACAGGAAGCUCAUCAGCAUCAACAAGAUCCACACCGGGAGGCAGAAUCCAGAGUUCAACCUGCGUCAUGACUGGAACUCGCUGCUGAGCGACAAACCCGACCUCCUGUUCAAGAGGGUGAGCAAUGAGUUUUACCCGCCGGCUGACGCCUACCCGCUCUAUCUGUCCAUGUUCGUGGAGGAGCUCGGGCUGAAGGUCCGGUAUGGUGUGGACAUCGGGAGGAUCAGGGCAGUGCAGUCAGACACCGGCAGGAGGUACAUCCUGACCGAUCAGCAUACGUCGGACUACACAUGCAGCGUCCUCCUGGUAGCGACGGGUUUGUGGGUUCCUCAGAAGAUUGAAUUUGUCGGUUCUGACCUGGUUGAAGGCUACGAGUCCAUCUCCACUAACCCUGAGGACUACAAGAACCAGGCCAUACUUAUUCUGGGCAAGGGGAACUCCGCCUUUGAAACAGCCCAGAGCAUCUUGGAAAAAGCAAGUCAUGUGCACAUGCUCAGUCCCAGCCCUGUUCGACUGGCCUGGCAAACACAUUAUGUUGGAGAUCUCAGAGCUGUAAAUAACGACCUACUUGACACAUACCAGUUGAAGUCCCUUGAUGGGUUGGUGGAGGCACGGCUGGAGAAAAUAGUUAUUGUUCAAAGAAAAGAACAAGCCAAGAAGAGAUCAGAUGGAAAGAAGAAAGAGAAGAAGAAGUUGUACCUGUCUUUGAAUAAGUACAUACAAAACCAGGAAGAGAAAAACAGCUCUGAGGUGACCGGAGAAGAUCUUCCAAGCUUUUACUCUGACAACUUCUCCAUGCGAAAGCCGUACGACCGAGUGAUCCGAUGCCUUGGAUUCAAGUUCAACUUUAGCGUAUUUGACAGCUCUGCCUGCCCACCGCACAGUGACAAUGCAAAGGGGAGGUUACCGGGGGUGACAGCCUGGUAUGAAGGGACGGGGACCCCUGGUUUGUUUGUGCUGGGAACUGCUGCACACUCCAGAGACUACCGCACAUCCGCUGGAGGCUUCAUCCACGGAUUUCGUUACACAGCACGAGCCGUACAUCGUGUACUUGAACAGCGUUACCAUAACAACCGCUGGCCAUCGACUAAACUGUUGACAACUCAGCUACUGUCCUGGGUUCUGAAGCGGAUCGGCGAGGCCUCUGGGCCGUAUCAAAUGUUUGAGGUGCUCGCAGAUGUGAUACUUCUUCGAGGCUCCCAGUGCGAAUAUGUGGAAGAGUUUCCUAUCCAGGCCUUGCCUCAGUUCUCGUCUCUCUCGGGCCAUGAGAUCUCCAACCAUGGGCUGAUAGUUGUAGUCCUUCAAUACGGAAAGAAGAAGAACGUCGACUAUCUGGGGCGGAAUAGGGCUCAUUCAGACUGGAGCAAAGCUAAUGAAUCUAACUUUCUGCACCCUGUUUUGUACUACUAUGACAAACUUCCUACUGAGGAAGAAAUGAAGCUCCGUCCGAAGGGCUGGGCCUUACCGAGGCCCAAGGCAAUCCAUCACAUUGUAGAGGACUUCCUCACAGAAUGGGACGGUCCUGUAUCUCAUAUCCAGCCACUGCGACGCUUCCUGGAGCACUGUGUAAAGACCGACCUCAGGAACUUCUAUGCGGAAUCAUGUUUCCGCUUCUCCCUUACCUACCGCAAGCCGCCACUGUUUUGCCAGCAAGGAUACUUGAAGCAACAGGGUGUCGUUGACAGCAGUCAGCUGUGGCAGCACUUUGACGAUGCUGGACUGAUGCCUUCUGAACAUGAUUCAGGCACAUCAGGGGAGGACUCUGCAUUCCCCAACUACCUGGCACAAGCUGGAGCCUCUGUGUCUUCAGGACUGAAACUUGACUUCUGAUUGUGUGUUAAAGCUAUGCCUAUGAUACUGUUUAUGUCCCUUGGACCUGCUACCUCCAGCACCCAUCAUGUUCCCUCAACUAGACCAAAUAUUUUUUGCCAGAAUGCAAUCCUCCAGAUCAGUUGUUCCCAACCUUUUUGGCUUGUGACCCCCUAAAAAUAUAGCAAUUUCUGCUAGCAACACUCCAUCACCAGAUGUAAAUGUGCAACACUUGACUAUUUUAACCAAAGAAUGGUUUCCUUUCUUUGUUUUAUUAAAGUUAAAGGGUCAAAACAAGUUAAAUUACCCUGUAAAGAUUAGAGGGAUCCUCAGGUUGGACAGUGUUGUAGUCAAGACCAUCUAAACUGAGACCAAGUCAUGACCAAGACCAGAGUGUAUUGAGACCGAGACCAGACUUUGAAGUGUUGAUACCAAGUCAACAUCAAGAUCAAGACUUAAUCUUGAGUACUACAACACUGUGUUGGAAACUACUGUUCAGCACUGGAGAGGCACCUUGUCCCUUAGCGAAAGCUCCCUUCUUAUUAUUAUUGCUCACAAAAUAUUUAUAUACAUUAUAUUAUAACAUUUUCAUACCAUGGAGAUUAUAUGAAGAUAUAAAGGUGGAGGGUGCGGUGUUAUAAAUCGAUUAUGCAUUAUAUAUUUUGCAUGUUACCUGAUUAAACAUUAAAGAGGACAAACUGUCGUUUAUAAUUCAAA